GGGUGGUAGAGGGACGGUAAACGGUUCACGCAAAAACGUUGUAGAUGGUGUCGGUGUGACCUAAAAAUAAUUCAUACUUGAUAAUCCAUACAAUAACUAUCAGUCACUACUAAAUCUACGCAUUGCACUAUAACUUAUCUUUGAUUGUUGACAAAUUUAUUAUCUUAAUUAUUUUAGCGAUUGUGCGUUGACAUUAUACUUUAUUAUAGGUACCUAUAUUAACCAACCUUUUAGUACACCGUUUGAUUUGACCCGCGUAUGUUGUAUAUUAGUUUUCGUUAUAUUCAGUCGGUUGGUAAAGUGUUUUUUUUUAAAUUGUUUUCAAUUUCAUAAAAUUGUAUUUACAAAAAUGUCUGAUGCAAAAAGAAAAUGCCGUCAAUAUAAUACGACGUAUUUAAAGUUUGGAUUUAUUCCAUCGCCAUCCAACAUACAGCUCCCUAUGUGUUUAAUUUGUAACAAAGUGUUCUCCAAUGAGGCAAUGAAACCAUCUCGUUUACAGGAACAUUUGCAAAAAGUUCAUCCUGACAAACAAAAUAAAGAUUUGUCGUUUUUCACAAAUAUUAGGGACAAGUUUCUGAAGGCACCAUCGGUCUCAGGCUUAUGCGCAGGCUCAUCAAAACAAUGCGAUGAUGGUUUGAUUGCUUCUUAUAAUAUAUCGAAAUUGAUCGCAAAAUCGGGAAAAGCCCAUACCAUAGGCGAAGAGUUAAUACUUCCAGCUGUCAAAGAAAUUUUAGAAACGGUUUUACACCAUUCAGCCUCACACAGUGUAAUACAAAAUGUCCCAUUAAGCAACGAUACUGUGCGACGGCGAAUCGACGAAAUGGCGGAAGACGUUGAAAUUUCAUUAUGUGAACUUCUAGUAUCCACCGAAUUUUCACUUCAAAUCGACGAAUCAACAUUACCGAAUAAUGAGGCAUUACUAUUGGCAUACGUCCGGUUUGUAAACAAAGGAAAAAUCGUUCAAGAAAUGCUUUUUGCAAGGACCUUGAUUACUGACACUAAAGGUGAAUCUAUUUUCAAUAUAGUCAAAGACUUUUUUAAAGAAAAAAAUAUUCCUCUUAAAAACGUUAUACCUAUUGCCACUGAUGGAGCACCUGCAAUGGUAGGACGUCAUCGUGGGUUCAUAGCUUUUUUUAAAAAUGAAAUACCCGGUAUUUUAGCUAUUCACUGCGUCAUUCACAGACAACAUUUAGUUGCAAAAAACCUCAGUGAUCGUUUGCAUCAGUCAUUACAAUAUGUUAUAUCUGCUGUGAAUAAAAUUCGUAGUAAUUCGUUGAACAAUCGACUAUUUACAAAGCUAUGCAAGGAAAACGACGAAGAAUUCAAUCGCUUGUUUUUACACACCGAAGUUCGCUGGCUCUCCAAAGGUGCCUGCCUCAAUAGGGUUUGGAAUCUUUUUGAUUCUGUGCUUGAGUUUCUUGAAGAGAAAGAUGUAAAGCUUAAAGACAGGUUGUUACUAUUUAAAAGCGAUGUUGCUUAUAUGACCGAUUUAUUUGCAAAGUUUAAUGCCAUUAAUUUGCAACUGCAAGGUGACGAGCUCAAUUUAAUAACGUCAAAAUCGGUUAUUUCUGCAUUCCAAAAAAAAUUGACUUUGUGGAAGACCAAUUUUGGUCGCCAAGAGUUCAGCCAGUUCCCAGUCUACGCCAUAGACCAUUGGAAAUGCCUAAAUGAAAAAUAAAACGUAUUAAAUCAUAUCUUAACUGUAUAUUAACAGUAUUAUAACCAGAAGGUAUUGCUUACAACAUCUUUGUAGAGUACUUGAAAUGUUAGGAAAGAUCGUAAGUCCUCUGGCACUUGAGGAACAGUUUUAUAUGUGGCAUCUACUCCAACCAGCUCUACUGAAGCUAACUCUUCGCGAUAUCUAUAGAUCGCAUCAAUGUUGGCAAAAACAACUGCUACACAAAUAUCAUUCACAAUUAGUUCUUGUUAAAAAAAUGUUGAGGGUAUAAUUUGAAAUGUGGAUGGUUUGCGGUGUUUUUAGUCUCCACAACCUUUUCAUCUUUUUCAACCUUUCUGAGAACUGGAUGCACGUAUACUUUGUGGCUGCUUCUUAG